CUGCGGAGGAGGAAGAGCGGUACCGGGGGUUGGUGACCGGCGCGAAGGCGGCGGCGGGCGAUGGGCAGCUGGUGGAAGCACUGCGGCUGUUCCGGCUGGCGGCCGCCAUCCGCCCCAGCGAGAAGCUGCAGGGACGCAUCCAGCGUGUGGAGGAGGUGCUGGCCGAGGUGGUGCAGCGCGGUGAGGAGGAGCCAGAGGAGGAUGAAGGCUUCGUGAACGUGUGCGGCAGCGGCUUGCUGAUCUACGGGGAGAUGCACGAGAAGCUCUUCCAGCACCAGCGGGAAGGCGUUGCCUUCCUGUACCGCCUGCAUAGGGAGGGCCGGCCUGGCUGCAUCUUGGCAGAUGACAUGGGCCUGGGCAAGACCAUCCAGGUGAUUGCCUUCCUGUCGGGCAUGUUUGACGCCGAGCUGACGCGGCACGUGCUGCUCAUCAUGCCCACCACGCUGGUGAGCAGCUGGCUGGCAGAAUUCGCCCGCUGGACACCCGGCCUGCGUGUCAAGGAGUUCCACGGCACCAGCAAGACAGAGCGUGCCAGAAACCUGGAGAGGGUCCAGAGCAGGAACGGCAUUGUCAUCACAAGCUACCAGAUGCUCAUCAACAACUGGAAGCAGCUGGCCCGCAGGCACGAGCAGGAGUUCAUCUGGGACUACAUCAUUCUGGACGAAGCGCACAAGAUCAAGUGCCCCUCUAACAAGACAACCAAGUGUGUGUAUGCAAUCCCUGCCAGGCAUCGCAUCCUGCUCACUGGCACCCCCUUGCAGAACAACCUGCAGGAAAUGUGGUCCCUGUUUGACUUUGCAUGCCAAGGCUCCCUCCUGGGGACGGCCAAGACUUUCAAAAUGGAGUACGAGAAUCCCAUUACCAGGGCGAGGGAGAAGGACGCGACUCUAGGUGAGAAAGCGCUGGGGCUAAAGAUGUCUGAGAACCUGAUGACAAUUAUAAAGCCCUAUUUCCUCAGGAGAACCAAAGAAGAUAUCAAAAACAGCUGCACCAACAGGCCAGAUGCUCCUCUUCCCAAGGGUCCAAGUGAGAACAGUGCCCCCACCAUGCCAUCUCUCACCAGGAAGAAUGACUUUGUGGUGUGGGUGUACUUGGCAGCAGUGCAGGAAGAAAUCUACAGGAACUUUCUCUCUCUGGAUCAUGUAAAAGAAGUGCUGACGACAACGCGAUCGCCUCUGGCUGAGCUGACUGUCCUGAAGAAGCUGUGUGACCAUCCCAGGCUUCUUCCUGAAAGGGCAUGUGUCCAGCUGGGCCUGGAAGAGCAGGAGCCUGGGAGCGAAGCCGGCAUGCUUGCAGGCACCAGUAAGAUAGACCACCUCUCCGAAGAGACCCUGAUUCAGGAGUCCGGAAAAAUGCUAUUCCUUGUGAGACUGCUGGAAAGACUGCGGGAAGAGGGGCACCAGACACUGGUGUUCUCGCAGUCUAGGAAGAUGCUGGAUAUCAUCGAGCACGUCCUGUCCUGUCGGCAGUUCCGGAUCAUGCGCAUCGACGGCACUGUGACCCACCUGCUAGAGAGGGAGAAGCGCAUCUCCACCUUCCAGAGGAACAGGGAAUACUCCGUGUUCCUGCUCACCACACAGGUUGGUGGCGUUGGCAUAACCUUGACAGCAGCCAGCAGAGUGGUGAUCUUUGAUCCUAGCUGGAACCCAGCCACAGAUGCACAGGCUGUAGACAGAGCUUACAGGAUUGGGCAGAAAGAGAAUGUGGUCAUUUACAGGCUGAUAACCUGCGGCACGGUGGAGGAGAAGAUAUACAGGAGACAGAUAUUCAAGGACUCAUUAAUAAGACAGACCACUGGUGACAAGAAGAACCCGUUCCGGUAUUUCUCCAAACAGGAGCUAAGGGAGCUUUUCACGUUAGAAGAUACUCGAACAUCCGCAACCCAGAUCCAGCUGCAGUCCUUGCAUGCCACCCAAAGACAGACUGACCUGCAGCUGGACGAGCACAUUGCUUACCUACACUCCCUGGACAUGUUUGGCAUUUCUGACCACGACUUGAUAUACACAUCGGAAACUGCUCAUGAGGAGCAGGUUGAGAGUGAAGAAGCCCACCAGUACAUUCAGCAGAGGGUACAGAAAGCCCAUGAGCUGGUUCAGUUGGAGUCUCAACUUAGAGACCAGAGGCUGGAGGGUAUCAGAAAUGAUUAUGAACAGAUGUGGAAAAGGCCUCCAGAGUUAGUUUCCAAGCCAAAGGAGUUGUCUCCAAGGAUGAACAACAUAGAUCACGCUGUUUCACCACCGGUAGCUGACAAGCACAAACAUUACAAAGCUAUUGAUCUUACAGAAGACAUGGAAGUCCAGGCUCUUAAUGUCAGCUCCAAAAUAACUAAUCUGACUAUUGAGGACUUGGAUGAAGAGAAACCAGCACAAGAUGUGUCCAGUAUGGAUACAGAGCUGCUUAAUACCAGCAAGACAGUGAAACAAUCCAAUGCAGAAGAAUCUGAACAAAACCUUAACUUGAGCAUGGUGCCAUCAUCACAUGGACUUGAUAGGGACAGUCAGAGACUUGAGCAGGAGCAGUGUUCCCAUAUACAUGCAGACAGCUUGGCUGAGGCAGGGAAGGACCUGUCUGCGUGUCCUCAUCAUUCCUCUAACGAUCCCGAGAGGUUAAGAGAGACAGAAGUGCCAGGUGAGGUACCUGAUCCAUGUGCUGCCUCAGGGGCAGAGAAGGAUGAUGCUCCUGAGCUCUCUUGGGCUGCUGCAGCACCAGAUUUAGCCCAUGUUACACCAGAGAUCCAUGCUGGAUCUGAGAAGUCUCCUGUGCUGGAAGCCAACUUGGAGGAGAUGUCUGUGUCUUCUCUCCAGGAUCAAGUUGACUUCAAUCUGGUCUUGGAAGAGUCUGACGAUGGAUGCCAAGAUGCCUCAACUAGGGAAGGAUCAGCGGGACGUGCAGGAGGGGAGGGCUUCCCACAAGAAGCAGGAAGCUUUUGUAAGUCUCCCACCACAAAAUCUCCAGCAAAAGCUUGGCCCAGUGAGAACAGUAACUGUAGAGAACCCUGUCCUGCAGCUGAAGAAGUGCCAAAUACCUCCCUGCAAGGGAGUGAAGCAUCAGAGGAAAGCAGCGAUGACUUUGCUUUUGGUAGAAAAAAAAGCUUAAAAAGACUUGUUUCAGACAGUGAGGAUGAAGAGCAUUCUGUUAUGCUUUUGCAGGAAAACCAAUCUGACAAAAGGCCUUCUUCCUUGAACAGCCCCCUGCACCCAUUCCUGGAGGGAAUUGGCACAUCCACUCCGAAAUGUGACAAAGGUCUAGCACAAGCUGUUUUUUCUCCCCAGCUGAGCAACAGCGGCAACUGGUCUAUUGCUUCCAGGCGGUCUCUGAUCAACAAGGUGGUAGAUGAGGUGGAGGAUAUUGGAGAACUCAUGGGAACCACUGAGGAAGAGGACAGCCAUGAGCAGCAGGAUGACCUCGUGGAAGAAGAAGCUGAAGAGUGCAGUGGGGAAUCUGUGGAGCCUGAAGAAGAACCCGCUGGAGAAACGCUUGGUACAGCUGAGAAGUCUUCCUGCCUGGACAGCAUGUCCUCUGAGCAGUCGGAAGUGGAUGCCACUGAGUCCUCUCAGGAGGAAUCCACUGGUGAUGUUGAGCUUCUGUCAGGGGAGCAGAUAGAGUACUGCACCCAGGAAAGCGUCCCUGAAACAGAGGUGGCUCAGAGCUCUUCUCCUGCUGCAGGAGAUUACAAGACCUUGGUAGACAGUGGGAAAAAACUUCAGGAUGAUGGAAAGCUACAGGAGGCAUUGAACUGUUUCCUGCAAGCUCUUGACAUCAAAAGUGGUGAUCCUGAAAUUAUGCUCAUGACUUUAAACCUGUACAGACAGCUAGCCCAGAAAUGAAGCAGCUGUUAUCUUUGGUAAGUACAGCCUUAACAUUGUCUUGUUAAAUGCGUGUCUGAACUACACUCUGAGACUGAAUGCUGCCAAAUGCACUUCUUUUGUGGUGGCUGAACAAUGUCAGCACCUUCUCCUGCAUGAGGAAAAGCCCAAAACCCACUUGUCAGGUGCUGGGGAAGGGGUUUACCUGGGGCCUCGCUUCACAGAGAUGAAAAUGGUUCAUCUGUCAGGCUGCUGUCUGGUUAUUUAAUAAAAACUCAUGUUCUUUAUGGCUAA